AUGACAACAACCACAACACAGCACAACAGUACAAAACAAGGCAGGGAAAUGAGCGCACACACAGCACAACAAUUAUUUAGAAAUGAGAACAAUGGAAGAAAACAAGAAGAAGAAGAGGAAGAAGCAUUGUCUUCGAAGACUUAUUCCCAAGUUGUAUUGGAUAAAACGGUCGACAAUUUGCCUGGAAAUAAACCACAAACGCCGGUAACCUCAACCACAACAACAGCAUCAAUCAACAACAACAACAAAGCCAAAGAGCAUUUGGUGGCCAAUGAAGAAUACCACGAAGAAUUGGUGGUGCAUCCGCUGGCGAAUGGUUUUGUUAAUACCUAUUUUCAAUUUACCACAAGAUGGAGAUAUGGAAAUAAAGAAAAUUUGCACAACACCCGUUUGAUACCCCGCCCAAUUGCUGAAAUUCUACUUUAUUCCGAUGUUAAGGAAUUUCACAUCACCCUAACCCAAGGUAUGUGGCGCUAUGAAUCCUGGGGUUAUCCCGUACAGGAUGCCGCACCCGGUGCCGAAGCUUGGUCAUGGUUUGCCGGGGAAAAUCUCACUGAGACCAAAGUCGAUGAACAAUGGAAACGUGUGACAAGCACAUUUUCCGGCAUAAUUUGUGCCUCAUUGAAUUUCAUGGAUAAAACCAAUACCAUUACACCUCAGUAUGGUUUUAGACCACAAUUUGUGAGUGCUGCACCAUCACAGAAAACCCAAAACACCCAGCAUGUACGCUAUUCAAGUUUGCCACGGGAAAUUGUCUGCACCGAGAAUUUAACACCAUGGAAAAAGUUACUACCCUGCAACAGCCGUCAUGGAUUUGCUUCGUUACUGAAUUCUGGACAUGUUCACAAUACCAAUUAUCAUUCAUUAGGUAUUAAGUUCCGCACAUUGUGUAACGGCCAACAGGAGUGUAUAUUGGAAUUUACCGAGUCCGCCAAUAUGGUAUAUGAUCCAAAGCUGUUGGGGUCCAAUAAUAAUUUGGAUUUCUCAUUGCGUCGCAUGUUUGGACAGGGCCUCAAUGGCCACUGUGCCCUGGCUGAGAGUAGCAAAGUAUACGUAAAUCUGGAAUUGCCAUUACCCUAUGAAAUGACACCGCUACCCCAUUACAAUAUAACCUCGACACGGGGUGGGCAAACCUCGCGCUAUGGUGUUUAUGAUAUACAAAAAUUAAAGGACAACAAAUUAUUCAACAUUGCUUGGAUAUUAAGAAAACCACCGAGUCAGGUGUUGACCCCGGCACCACCACCCCUCUUGGCCCAUCGCAACAUUGUGGGUUAUGGCCAGGAAAAGGGUAAAAUUAUAACACAAAUAACCAACAACUAUUACAGUGAUUUGCCCAUAGUGCUGCAAGAGAAUAUCCCUUGGUAUAUGCCGGUCUACAUACACACCUUGCAGAUUAAAAAUCACAAAACCGGAGAGGUCAUACCAGCGAAGACCCUGCAAUAUCGUCCAGGGGUACAACGUACCCGGCCCUACUAUUUGGAAUUGGCAUUUAAAAUACCCAGUAAAUCGUCCGUGGAAAUAUCUUUAGAUUUCGAUUAUAUUUUUCUCAAAUGGUUGGAAUAUCCCCCCGAUGCAAAUCAUGGUCAUUAUGUCGGGUCGAGUGUAAUAACCACAACACUGCCAAUGGCACGCAAUUACACAUCCAUACCAUUAAGUGGAUAUCGUUUUUGCGAUUCCUUUAAUGCCACCCGAAAUUCAUAUAUUCUGACAUUGCGUACCGAAUCAUUGAUAUUGUCCCUGCCCACACCCGAUUUUAGUAUGCCCUAUAAUGUCAUUUGUUUGGCUUGUACCGUGGUUGCCCUGGCCUUUGGCCCCAUCCACAGUGUGGCCACUAAGAAGAUAGUUGUUGAACAACAAGAUGCCGAGGAGCCACGCUCCUUCAUGGGUAAAAUAAUGAAAAAACUUAAAAAGAAAAAUAAGAAUCCAUCGACAGCUAAAGAGGCAGAUGAUACAGCAGCUGUUGCUGCAACAGUUGCUAGUGACAGUAAUAGUGAAAAGGUGAAAUAG